UGAUAAUAUAUAUAUAUAUAUAUAUACAUGAAAGAGAGAGGGAGUAGGGAACAUAUGCAAGGACGAGAAGAGCAUCUUCAGACCGAAUUAGGUUGUGCGCACGAGUCCUCGUGCUGUGCCUAUCUUGAGGAGUUCAACCGUUCUCGGUUGGUUUCUGCAUGAUUCUAGAGCUCAUGCGAGCAUGCAUGUAUGUCUCGUAAAGGACUGGGCUAAACGCUUACUGUCUUCUCACAAAGGAGCGUAUUCAUCGAAACCAUUCUUCAUACUUCGCUUGACAGGUCUGGAUAUUUUCACACUUCCUCUCGCUCCAAUUCCCUUUCAGCACGCAAACUUGGAGACUCAUUUGCUCACCCAAGCUCCGCAUGAGAAAUGAAUAGAACGUAUGUUGCCCGUAUCAUCGUCCUAGAAUGCGAUUUGGAUCCUCAACAGUGCUCGAGCUGAUCACUUUGGUAUCGUAACCAAGAACGAGCCGAAUAUACUCAGAGCAAGGAUAAUGUAGAUCAUCGAGAUAAAAAUUACGAUAAGGAUCUAGGCCUUGGGAAGCAUCGACCAUGAUGAUGUUUAAAGGUUUCAAGAGUAAGGGUGGAGUGGUUGAGAUAAAAGUAGCGAAUGUGGAGGUGUCAGAUUCUAUCACAGAGUCAGAUUGUCAUAUCGACCCCGAGACAGUGCUGAAAGAGGAUAUUGUGAACGAUGCAAACUGCAAACAUCACCCCGAAGAUCCAGCAGGAGCAGCAAAUGAACAAAAGGACUCGUCGUUUGAGGAAACUUUCGACGAUCAAUCUCCAGUGGAGGAGGUGGCCCUUACGGUGCCCACGACGGACGACCCCUCGCUUCCGGUCUGGACCAUCCGGGUGUGGGUGAUUGGCAUUGUGUCGAGCCUUGUGCUCACGUUCAUCAACACCUUCUUUGGUUACCAUACAGAGCCAUUGUCGGUGACAUCGGUGGCGGCACAGAUCGCUGCUUUGCCAGUCGGAAGAUUCAUGGCAAACGUGCUCCCUCACAAGCGCGUUUCCAUACCCUUCACUGACUGGAGUUUCAGCCUAAACCCGGGUCCGUUCAACGUCAAGGAGCAUGUCCUCAUUACAAUCUUCGCCAAUGCAGGUGGUGGCGAUGCAUAUGCCAUCUAUAUCGUCAAUGCCAUCAAAGCUUUUUACCACCGAACCUUAGACUUCGUUCCGGCUCUGCUCCUCGUCCUAACGACACAGCUGCUGGGUUAUGGGUGGGCUGGGUUGAUGAGGAGAUAUUUAGUGGAACCUGCACACAUGUGGUGGCCCUCCAACUUGGUGCAAGUUUCUCUUUUUCAGACUCUUCAUGAAACGGAGGAGACUCGAUUGGACACUCGAGGCUUAUCGCGUAACAGGUUUUUCCUGAUCACAUUGACAACGGCUUUCGUAUAUUACAGCUUCCCAAGCUAUCUGGUCCCCAUCCUGACCUCGUUUUCAGUUUUGUGCCUGGUUUUUCCAAAGUCAAUUACUGCCCAACAAAUCGGCUCUGGGCAAAAAGGUCUCGGGAUCGGUGCCUUCAGCUUCGAUUGGGCCUCGACCACGGCGUUUCUGGGCAGCCCAUUGGCAACGCCAUGGUAUACUCUGGCCAACAUUUCACUGGGUUUCGGACUUUAUCUCUACAUUCUCAUCCCGCUGCUGUACUGGAGAAAUGUCUACAACGCCAGGACAUUCCCCCUCUUCUCCAGCAACCUGUUCAGACUUGAUGGCAGGAGAUACGACACCAAUCGCAUCAUCACAUCAGACUUCCGUUUGGACUUGAAGGCCUAUGAAGAAUACGGUCCUAUGCACAUGAGCAUCACCUUUGCCAUGACCUAUGCGUUGAGCUUCGCCACCAUCUCUUCAGCUUUCACUCAUGUUGCUCUCUUCCAUGGAAGGGACGUGUGGCGCCGGAGUCGAGCUGCCCUGAAGAAUCAGGACAAAGUAGAUGUGCACACUCGUCUCAUGAGUCGAUAUCCGCAAGUCCCUGAGAAAUGGUUCCAGGCGUUGCUGCUCUGCACUGUCCUGGUAGCCAUCUUCACUGUCAUUGUUUACAAGGAUCAACUCCAGUUGCCAUGGUGGGGCGUUCUUCUUGCGGCAGUGCUUGCAGCAGUGCUCACUCUUCCCAUCGGCAUCCUCGUUGCUACUACCAACACUGGACCGGGUCUGAAUGUGAUCUCUGAGUAUAUCAUGGGUUACCUGCUUCCUGGCCAGCCCAUAGCCAAUGUUACCUUCAAAACGUACAGCACCAUUGCAAAUGGCCAGGCUCUGAACUUUUUGUCGGACUUCAAGUUGGGCCACUACAUGAAGAUUCCUCCUCGUCCCAUGUUCAUCGCCCAGAUAGUUGGGACGAUUAUUUCAGGUUUGGUGAACGUCAUGGUCGCCUGGUGGUUACUGCGAACCGUGAAGAACUUGUGCGACACCGAUAAGCUGGCAGCAGACAGCGUGUGGACGUGCCCAAACGACCGCGUGUUCUACGAUGCAUCUGUAAUCUGGGGCCUCGUGGGGCCGCAGAGGAUCUUUGGACCUCUGGGAGCAUACAAAGCCCUGAACUGGGCAUUUUUCAUUGGAUUUCUGCUGCCAUUUCCGGUGUGGCUGGCCUCCAAGAAAUUCCCCAAAAGGAAGUGGAUUCGCCUCAUUACCAUCCCAGUCAUUCUGUCGGGAGGAGGUGGAAUUCCGCCAGCUGCCGCGGUGAACAACACAGCUUGGAUUGCCGUGGGCACCUUCUUCAACUUCUACAUGUUCAAGUUCAAGAAGGGCUGGUGGAAGAAGUACAAUUACAUCCUCUCUGCUGCGCUGGACGCAGGGACCGCCUUCUUCGGCGUUUUCAUGUACUUCUGUCUCAACUAUGGCAACAUCAACCUGCAAUGGUGGGCCAGCGAUGGCGAGCACUGUCCUCUAGCUACGUGUCCCACUUCUCCUGACGUGGUGUACCACGCUUGCCACCCGGUUCAGUCUAGUUAGCACUCCGUGUUACCAGCUCGAGUUCUCACUCAAGUUUUGCUCGAUUUCAGCUGAUGCCGACCAGUUUCAUAGACAAUCAAGUGGCUUUGACUUGAGUUUCCGACUCAUCAGAUUUGCCUUCCUCCCAGCCUCAGCUUGUGCUUUACACAGAUUAGUGGCUCAAUGUUCUUCGGAGCUUCUGCUGGUCAACCCUGCAGUGUAGUCGACUAACGCUGUUAGGCAAGAAACCUCCACAUGUCUGAUCACCAAGUUUCUCUAAUCAAAG